AUUUUUCUGGGUCCGCCAUUGACCGUCAGUCAUCGUUAGCUUGAACCCUGUUCCAGCUGGUCCAUUUUCUUCUCCUCUUAGCCGCCCCCAAGCUUGAACCCUGCCACUCAGGUACUCCCAACGGUGCGCUAACCUCACUCGCCUGCUCCUAUCGUUUCGGUGAUGUGCCGCUAGCCAUCUAGAUGGUGGAGAGGCUGAUAGUCCAAGCCUUAUGUCUCCAGGAGUAGAAAUGUGUUUCUCUCCCAGUUUGGAAAAGUUUGUGCGCUUUCUGACGGCCUUUGCGAUGUAAGUGUCUUCUUUUGCUUAUGCCCUUGCCUCUGUCAAUGCUUUUUUCAGUUUGUUUUUCGGAUUUUGGUGCCCUCUUCAUUACUCUGUGCUUCACAUCAAGACCUACAAAUCUCACGGCUGUGAAGUCUGAGACGUCCACGUUUCGCCGGAUAAUUCCAAGCUAUGUUCUUGUGGUGGAGAUAGACAAAUCUUUUACCGGGAUGUCGCAUCUGGUCGUGUAAUUAGAAAAUUUAGGGGCCAUGACAGUGAGGUGAACGCUGUGAAGUUUAAUGAGUAUGCUUCUGUGGUUAUAUCUGCUGGAUAUGAUAAAUCUUUGCGCGUUUAGGACUGCAAAUCUCACAGCACUGAACCGAUUCGGAUCAUUGGCACAUUUUUAGACAGUGUCAUGCCAGUUUGUUUGACAAAAACUGAAAUAAUUGCUGGAAGCGUUGAUGGCACUGUUAGAACAUUUGACAUUCGAAUGGGUAGGGAAUUAUCUGAUAGCUUGGGGCAACCAAUAAACUGUAUCUCUCUGUCUAACGAUGGGAAUUGUAUAUUAGCUAGCUGUCUUGACUCAACCCUUCGACUUGUGGAUAGGUCUACUGGUGAACUGUUGCAAGAAUACAAGGGACAUACUUGCAAGACUUCAAAAACUGAUUGUUGUCUCACAAACACUGAUGCACAUGUGAUCGGUGGCUCGGAAGAUGGUUUCGUUUAUUCCUGGGAUCUGGUUGAUGCAUCUGUAACAUCCAGUUUCAAAGCUCAUUCUUCUGUGGUAACCAGUGUAAGUUAUCACCCAAAAGUCAGUUGCAUGAUAACUUCAUCUGUGGAUGGGACAAUCCGGGUUUGGAAAACUUGAGAGUAACAAAUCCAAAUGAACCUUACAACAUCAGAUCAUUCUGUGUUGCGAACAGAAGGGCAUCCCUUCAACACGUUUAAUCUAAGGGAAUUGAAGGGCAUCCCUUCAACACGUUCAACAGAAGGGCUGCCUUAAGAAACCCACACCUGGAGGAUUACCCUAUUCCGUAUGUGAUUAGUGCAAAAAUUUGGAGUAUUCCAUUCUCUAAAGCACCAUGGCCCAUGGGUUUGGUUGUCAAGUUUGUCAGUGCAUUUAUAUUGGCUGGAAAAUGACCAUGAAUAGAAAAUGAAAUUUAGAUGAUAUCUGUGACACUCUAACUUCCCGAAACAGGGGCGUUGCUAAAUAUCAUGAGAUAGAUAAUGUUGAGGGUGUUCUGAAAGAAAAAUGACGGUGAUCACAGUAAGAAGACGAGGGCCUUAAAGAAUAAUGAUGUGGAUAGACAUAGAGAGAUGUUAUUAGAUCAAACACAAUUGCAUUCAUAGGAGAGAAAUAUGUUGUUCUCUUAUCCUUUCUAUCUCAGACAAAAAAGUAUCUUCACAAGCUAGGAAGCUAGACAACAUCUGCCAAAGUUCAGCAGUUAGGAAGUAAGACAACAUCUGCCAAAAUUCAGCAGCAGCAAAAGCUCCCGUCUUUUUGAGGACAAUGCUAAUGCUUAUCAACACGACAACACAUUGACCAUGUUUGGCUCUGCAACACAACUGGACAAGGAGAAAAUAACAAAACGUUGAAGCAGUUCUAUAACAAGUUAAUGAGUUUUGAUCUAUUUGUUUUAAUAUGUUUGUUUACAAGGGAACCAUCUUCUUUCUCAAAAGACACCCCUAGAGUCUAGAGAUGUAAUAUGCUAGAGAUGUAAUAUGCUGAAUUCGAACAUUUUAGUUUCACUACUUUAUUGGAUAAAUAUUGCUUAAAAUAA